AUCGAACAACUUCGGACCAAGAUUGCAAGCCCGUACGAGCGAACCGGGGCGAUGUAUGAACUUGAAGUAGCCCUCUCAGCGGCUCGAAGGGUGGUAGCAUCGACAUCGGACGACCAUCCUAACCGCGCACGCUACUUAAAUAAUCUCGGGAACACGCUUCAUAAGCGGUACGAGCGAACAGGGGAGUUGCGCGACCUUGAAGAGGCCAUAUCAACUGCUCGACAGGCGGUGGCAUUGACACCAUGCGACCAUCCCAACCACGCAGCGUGGUUAAAUAACCUCGGGAACAAGCUUUCUAGCCGGUACGAGCGAACAGGGGAGUUGCGCGACCUAGAAGAGGCCAUUUUGACGGCUCGACAGUCGGUGGCAUUGACACCAGACGACGAUCCCGACCGCGCAGCAGGCCUAAAUGAUCUCGGGAUCACGCUUCAGAGCCGAUACGAGCGGACAGGGGAGUUGCGCGACCUUGAAGAGGCCAUCUCGACUACUCGACAGGCGAUAGCAUUGACACCACGCGACCAUCCCCACUACGUGGUGUUCUUGAACAAUCUCGGGACCAAGCUUAAUAGCCGGUACCAGCAGACAGGGGAGAUGCGCGACCUAGAUGAGGCCAUCUUGACGGCUCGACAGGCGGUGGCCACAACACCGGAUGGCCAUCACAACCGCGCGAUGUGCCUAAAUGGUCUCGGGAACGCGCUUCAGAGCCGAUACGGGCGGACAGGGGAGUUGCGCGACCUUGAAGAGGCCAUAUCGACUACUCGACAGGCGGUGGCAUUGACACCAUGCGACCAUCUCAACCGCGCGAUGUGGUUAAAUAACCUCGGGAACAAGCUUCAGAGCCGAUACGAGCGGACAGGGGAGUUGCGCGACCUAGAAGAGGCCAUCUUGACGGCUCGACAGGCGGUGGCCACAACACCGGAUGGCCAUCACAACCGCGCGGUGUGGUUGAGCAAUCUCGGGUACUAUCUUGAGAAGCGGUACGAGCGGACGGAGGAGAUGGGUGACCUAGAAGAGGCCAUCUCCACGGCUCGACGGGCGGUGGAAUUAAUACCAGGCGACCAUCCCAACCGCGCACAGUGCCUAAACAACCUUGGGAACACGCUUCAGAGCCGAUACGAGCGGACAGGGGAGUUGCGCGACCUUGAAGAGGCCAUCUCGACUACUCGACAGGCGGUAGCAUUGACACCACGCGACCAUCCCAAUCGCGCAAGCAGGUUGAACAACCUCGGGCACGCGCUUCAGAAGCGGUACGGGCGGAUGGGGGAGAUACACAACCUUGAAGAGGCUAUCUUGACGAUACGACAGGCGGUCGCAUCGGCACCAGGCGACCAUCCCGAUCGCGCAGGCUAUUUGAAUAAUCUUGGCAAUACACUUGAGAAGCGAUACGAACGGAUGGGGGCGAUACACAACCUUGAAGAGGCUAUCUUGUCGAUACGACAGGCGGUGGCAUCGGUACCAGGCGACCAUCCCGAUCGCGCAGGCUAUUUGAAUAAUCUUGGGGAUAUACUUGAAAACCGGUACUACCUGACGGGGGAGAUGCACAACCUUGAAGAGGCAAUCUCGAUGGCUCGACAGGCAGUAGCAUUAUCACCAGACGACCAUCCCGACCGCAGAGGCUACUUAAAUACUCUCGGGAACACGCUUCAGAGCAGAUACGAGCGGACGAAGGAGAUACGCGACGUUGAAGAGGCCAUGUUAAGGGUUCGACAGGCGGUGGCAUUGACACCAUGCGACCAUCCCAACUACGCAUUGUACUUAAGCAAUCUCGGGUACAUUCUUGGGAAGCGGUACGAGCGGACGGAGGAGAUGGGUGACCAAGCAGAGGCCAUCUCCACGGCUCGACGGGCGGUGGAAUUAAUACCAGGCGACCAUCCCGACCGCGUACCGUGCCUAAACAACCUCGGAAUGCAUCUAGUCAACCGGUACUCACGGACUGAAGCGAUUACAGACCUCGAGGAAGCUAAGGAAUGCUUCACUACUGCCUUACGUCACUCCGCCGCCGCUAUAAGCAGGCGUGUCGCAGCCGGCCGCCAUCUACUGUCAUCCCCAGCCAUACUUCAAGAUCAACAAGCAUACGCCAUUGCCAAAACAACAAUCGACUUGAUUCCCUUAUUAACGCCCCGUUCUCUGCAGAACUCAGACAAGCGGCAUCUCCUCUCCACGGCUGUCGGACUGUCGUCGGACGCGGCAGCCAUUGCCCUACAUGCCAGCAGAGGCCCUGCUGCUGCUAUCGAACUGCUUGAGACUGGUCGUGGUCAUCCUGACCUGGCGCGUUCCUUUAUCGACCUGCGAGAUCAACUAGACGCGCCACCAUCGGCGGACUCCCUCGCUGCAGUCGAGCGCCCCACUGCGGCCGCAGAGACGGAAGGCCAUCAGCGCCGCGAUGCUGGGCCCCAGCUUGCCCGUCUCCUUGAGAUAAUCCGUUCCAAGGCCGAUUUUGAGCGAUUCCUGCUCUCCGCGUCGGAAGCCGAUAUUCUGGAGGCUGCACGGCCCGGCCCGAUUAUUGUCCUGAAUGUGAGCUCAUAUCGCUGUGAUGCCUUACUCAUUGAGCAGUCCAGCAUCCGACUGCUGGAGCUGCCGCACCUCUCCCGAGACACCUUCAACGACCAUGUCCAGGAACUUGGGACUCUCGACACGCUUGGAUGGCUCUGGGAUGCCAUCGUCUGUCCUGUUCUUAAUGCUUUAGGCUUUACUGGGACUCCUUCGGACGGCCAGUGGCCGCACGUGUGGUGGGUUCCCACCGGCGCCCUGACCCGAUUUCCACUCCAUGCAGCGGGACACCAUCUGAGACGCACUGGCGAGACGGCGCUGGACAGGGUCGUGUCAUCCUACGCCUCGUCCGUCAAGGCAAUCAUACAUAGUCGACGACGGCCACAUCGAGCACCGGCAGCUGGGGAGUCCCGAAAUGCCGUUGUCGUUGCCAUGCAGGACACGCCAAACUGGAACCCGCUCGAGUAUGCGCGCGACGAGGUCGAUGCGGUAGUAGCUAUUUGCGAAUCAAUGGGACUGCCGCACGACCGGCCCCGCCCAUACAAGACCGACGUCUCAUCGGCCUUACAGGCAUGCACGGUGUUCCACUUCGCCGGCCACGGCAGCACGCAUCCCACAGAACCGCUACAGAGCAAGUUACUUCUUAAUGAUUGGGAUCGGGAGCCAUUCACUGUGGCAAGUCUCCUGGAGACUAACCUCACGUCGGAGCCGCCAUUCCUUGCCUAUCUCUCGGCAUGUGGGACUGGUGAGAUCCUGGAUGAGGGGUCUGUUGACGAGAGCAUCCAUUUAGCCAAUGCUUGCCAGCUGGCAGGGUUCCGUCACGUAGUCGGCACACUUUGGAGCGUCGAUGAUAAAUUAUGUGUGGACAUGGCGAGAAUGACAUACGAGUUUCUGCGGGAUGAAGGGAUGAGAGACGAAUCGAUAAGCCGUGGGCUUCACCGGGUGAGCAGGACGCUUCGAGACCGGUGGGUGAGCGGGGAGGAUGCCGGGGGCGCAUUGUCACAGUCGUUGGGAACGGAGAGGGACGCUGAAUUAAGAGAGAGGUCGGGGCCACGGCCGUCCUGGGUUCCUUAUGUCCACUUCGGCGUUUGAUAUUCAAGUUAUAC